AUGGACGAGGUCGUGCUGGGUGUGCCACAGCUGGCGGGGUGUGAGGCAGCAAGACGUAAGCCAUUUGAGGAAUACACCUCCCGCUACACGGUUGUCAAGAAUUCGUGGAAAGGGAAGUACAUGCGCAUCUUUUGUAUCGGGCCUCGACAGGUUGCGACAAUCAACCCGCAAAGUAUCUUUCGUGUCACCAACAACUGGGAAUAUAAUAGUCACCUCGUGGAUGUUGUGGCCACUCCAGGCAGUCCGACGGACUUCACAGUCACCAUAGGCAAGAUAGGCAAACCAGAAACGAUGAGCUUUCAUUGCAACACUGCCAUGGAUCGCGCGGAGUUGCUUACGGAUGUGCAGCGAAACCGCGCAAAGUUCGAUGCGAGGUACAGGCAACAGGUUUUCAACCAUGUGUUUGAUGCCCGCAAGUACAGUUUUUAUGAAGAAUAUCGAAACUGUCGUCUUCGCAUCACAAGUAUUGCCGUGGAGCAAUUGAGUCCCGAAGGAAAUGUUGUGGGGGAGUAUCUUUUUAUGCACAUUAAAGGACUCACUUCUAUUCUUGCCAACCCACGCACUCUUAUCUUGUUGUAUGGCCCCCAGUUGAAGAUGCAUCUGUAUGAAAUGGAAGAUUGCCAGAGAGUGGCAACACUGAUCGAGGAGUUUUCGAGGCGGUUCAUCGGUCUUCCACCCUUGCGUGAGGUGCGGCGAUUAACUCAGCAGCAGUUUGACUCGGACCGCCUCGGCGUGGAUCGAGCGGAAAUGGUAUCCCUGGCGAAGUUCCCCGUGUCAAAGUGGAGUUUGAAACACCCCGAUACUCCCAUGCGUCGUAUUUUAGCGACAACACAAAAAUAUCUUUUGGAGUUGGAUGCUGCCACGUAUAACCCCGUCAGUGCAUUCUUUUUUGCCGACAUUUAUGCACUUAUUCGCUCGGAAGAGGAUGACCAACGGCUGAUGAUUCAAUUUAAGGAACCAGCGAUUACGAAGGUGUACACAUCCCCCAUGCGGGAUGCGCUGCUGGCCCAUCUCGUGGAUUGCUGCCGCGCAUCCCGCAAUCUUAACGUCUGUGUCAUUGCAAAUCUAUUUGAUCGUGGAAAGCGUGCAGCGCCAUGCCGCACACCAAUCCCGGAGGAAAUCGAGAGUACAUUACUGAACUGUCUGAUUGAUCCCAGCAAGGGCGGUGGUCCGAUUGCCAUGACUUUCCCCGAGGUGGUGGAGUUUUUUAACGCCAACAUUGAGUACAGCGGCCUUCGCCUUUCGGAGAAUCGUGAAGGACUCUUUGCGGAAAAUAGGGAAAAAAUGAUUUUUAGUGGACUCGCGGCGUUGUUAAAUAACUUUCCAGUGACAGAUGAUCCGUUGGUCGUGGUGCAACAAUUUUAUGCUCUUCGAAGACUUUGUGUCGCACGCAUUGGGUUCAGCUCGGUUGCCGUUGUACCGUCUUUUAUGAAGAAUAUUGAGGAUGUAAGUAUGAAGGCUUUAAAAAUGAACCACGUUGCAGUUUCUCAUGCAGUAGUCGACUUACUUGGAACUCUCAUGACGCCACAUCACGACUACUAUGAGUUGGCUCAUGAAGAGGCGAAUAAAAAUUACAUUCUUGGACAAGAGCAACUCGUACUUCGUCUACUCCGGAUGCUACGAGACUACGCCACAACUGAUAGCGCCGCCCUGGUUGUGCAAGCCUUGCUGGAUUUUUUUGUUUACGCAUUGUGCCCUCCCUACUGUGAGAGCACAGAGGCCAUGCUAUUUACUUCUGUUAUGAAAGAUUUGGUUGAUACUACGGGGAAAGAGCUCUUUUUACUGAUGCAGCAUGGAUGCAAUGCCAUCAGCUACAGCGCUGGACAAUUAAUUCGUGUUAUCAUGGAAGAGGGAACAGGUGAGCAGUUUCGUGCCUUGCAACUGGCUGCUCUUAGCGAGGGUGGGAUCAUUGGACAGCUGCACUUAGCGAUAUUUAGUAAGAACCGUGAAUUACGCGAUCUUGCCCGUCAACUCAUUGCGUACUGGACCUAUGAAAACACGGAUAUGCAGGAUCUCAUGCGGACCAUAUUUCCCCCGGCACUGCUGUAUUAUCUUCAAUCCUCCGAAGAGCCUCCAAAGGAUGAGAUGGAGGAGGAACGCCAGAGAAACGUCGUGCCCAUGACGAGUGCCUUUUGGGAGUCAAAACUUGGAUGGUUUAAAAAAAGAUUUCAUCCAAGUGAAGUGUUGUCGAGGGGUGCGGCUCAGAAUUUGUCCCCGUCACAGGGUGACGGAGUUUUCAAACGUCCCAGGCAUGUGAAGGUGAAAACAACAUUGAACUGGCCCAUGUUUUUCUACGAAAUCAAACGGGAUCACUUGCGACCCGAGUUGAUUUGGAACCACACCACGCGAACGGAGCUCCGUGAGGCGUUGGAGGCCGAGAUGCGUGUCCUAAGGCUUGGCAUGUCAUUACGUCAUGAAAAUCCCACCUCAUGGAAUUAUCGAGAGUUUGAGGUGCGGUAUCCAAGUCUUGAUGAUGAACUUAGGAUUGGUCAGCAUUACCCACGUCUGCUGUUUGAAAUGAAGGAUCCGGCCAUUUCUAGACCAAAGGAAUUUUUUAACGAUAUGUAUCACCGUUUUCUUCUCUCACAAGAGCCUAAAACAAAGAUGAGUUGUUUACAUGGAAUGACGAUUCUCUAUGAACAUUACGCUGCGGAUAUUGGGCAAUUUAACGAUGUGGAGUACAUUGUGAGGAUGCUGGAGACGACAUUUGAUCCCAUCUUUCGGGACCGCUUGCUUAUUUUUAUCUUGCAGUUGAUGCGUGUUCGAUAUAAUGUGAAGUUGUUUUUGGACUGCGAUGGGUUAAAACCGCUCGUUGAUCUCUUUACUCUUGCCCAUCUACAUGUGGACAGGCCCCAGCUUCGAAACGCAACAAAUGCCAUUGAGAAUAAUGUCGACACGACGGAUCUUCAGGAUCAAGAAAAAGAGUGGUACUAUACCCGAGAUGGCGCCAAACAAGGUCCCAUAUCCUACAUUCGUCUGAAGCAAUUGUAUGAGGAAGGGGAGAUAAAGACCGAUACAAAGGUUUGGGCGCAAGGAUUAUCAGGCUGGAAGGAGCUCAAAGAAGUUCCACAGCUACGUUGGGGUAUUAUGGCGAGUAAAAGCAACAAGUUGCUCACUUUAACAGAGGUAUCUUGUGUCAUCCUUGACAUUCUCUUGCUUCUCUGUGCAUGCUUUCCCUCAAUGGAUGAGCACGGUGCCAUUAUGCAACCUCCCCCGCGGGUAAAACGUUUUCUUUCGAGCCCACAAGUUCUUCCUCAUAUUGUGCAACUGUUGCUGACCUUCGAUCCAGGCUUGUGUGCCCGCGUUCAUUCUCUUCUUUACCUUAUCAUGGAGCACAAUCCACUUAUGUCCCGGUUUUUCUUGACUGGCGCAUUCUUUUUUGCUCUCAUGUACAUUGGCUCGGAUGUUCUAGCAUUGUGUCGUCUGCUACACCUGUCACAUCGUCGACAGGCAUUUCAAUUUAAGGAUGAAAAUGAAAUCGUACGUCAAAGUAUCCUUAGCACAAUGCUUCCACCAGCUCUUGUGUGUUUUCUAACAAAUCAUGGACCUGAACAAUUUGCAGAUGUUUUGCUUGGAGAGUACGAAAACCCAGAGGUCAUUUGGGGCAAAGAUAUGAGAAGAUAUCUUGUGGAAAAAAUUGCCAGUCAUAUUGCCGACUUUACGCCACGACUUUUGGGUAACAAUCGUGCCCUGUAUCAGUACUGCCCUAUUGUGGGCGUCACUUACGAGCCACUGCGACAUGAACUGUUUUGUUUCCAGUACUACUUGCGACACUUUUGCGACGAGUUGCGGUAUCCAAAUUGGCCUGUUGAUGACCCCGUUAAGUUCCUCUGCGAGGUGUUGGCAGCAUGGCGAUUGGAACUGAAUAAAAAGUCAAGUGGCCUCACACAAGAGGGAUGUCUCGAGGAACUUGAGAUUUCUGACCGCAGCAAUCUCACACUACAGGUGAUACGUAGGGGUUACUUUAAGCUUGCCGCGAAGUAUCACCCGGACAAAAAUCCAGAUGGCCGAGAAAAAUUUGAACGCAUUCAGCGGGCGUAUGAAUUUCUUGCUUCUGAGACGUCGGUGUCCGAUGAACCCAACCCGCACAUUAUUGCUCUUUUGCUUCGCACGCAGUCUAUUCUGUUUAGGCGAUUCAGUGAUGUAAUGAAAGGGUACAAGUAUGCCGGUUAUUCUUUACUGCUGAAACUCAUCAAGAUGGAGUUUGGCGAUCCGGAGAUGCUGAAAAAAGAGGUUGUGCUCAUGGAACCAGCGACAGAACUGUGUUACUUUACAGUACAAAACCUCCCAAUGAACGCGGAUGAGUUGCAGGAAGAAGGCGGCAUUGAACUCUUGUCAGGUGUUACCCAACGUUGCUUUGAGAUUUUGACGCCCAAUGCCACAGAGGAAUUAAACCAGGCGAAAAUUGUACGGCACUGUAUGCAUACGUUUCGUGUAGCUGCGGGCUUCGCGGACUGUCGCCGGCAUAUUGUUGAGGAACCCGUCAUCUGCCAUCUUGCAGCCAAGGGUAUUGCGUAUGAGAAGGCUGUAGGACUCUCUCGUGCCUGUAUCCAAGCUUGUCAGGCGUUUUGUGUGGACGAGAUCCUUCAGGAACGCGUUUUGAAAUUUGGCGCCAUUUGGCACUUGUUGCCUUUUCUUUUUCGCUACGAUUACACAGUGGACGAGAAUGGUCUGGAGCUUCAGGAAGAAAACCACACCCAGCUGUUUGCGAACAGGGCGGCAAUUUACGCAUUGCGGGCUAUAUACGCUUUGGCUGGAAUUUGUCCGAGUGAUGAAUACCUGCUGACAAAACCCAACGAUGAAGUUAUUUGUCUGUUGCAGAGGCUGCUGACACCUUACACUGUGCGGAGAAUGCAAUUGCUUCCGGGGGACGAGAAGGAGCUUUUAAAGCUCCUCAACAGCAACCACAAUACACCAUACUUGCUAUGGGACAAUUCAACACGACAGGAACUCUUGGAGAUGGUUAAGGGAAACUCAAAAAAAUGUCGUGAUGCGGGCAUGUUUGCUGAAGAUCUUCCAGUCAUCUCAGGCAGUGUCGUUAACUACUCGCUUCAUGCGGAUGAGCUGGUUAUUGGCGGAGUAUUUGUGCGGGUAUACAAUGAGCAACCGAACUUUGCAAUAGAGGAACCCGUAGCAUUUUGUGCUGCCAUGAUCAAGUUUCUGGAGCAGCAAUUAACGAGCAACACGACGACCGGUGUCUUGUUAACGUUAGAAGCUCUUAAACAUUUGCUGAUUGCUUAUGCAACAGCUGGGGUCGCGAACACGUUAAAGCAUCACGUUGGGAUAUUGAUAAAAGUGUUGUUAUAUGAAGACACCGCAAUUACUGUGAAAUUGAUGGAACUUCUUGAGAAGGUUGCUCUUCACCACGAAUGCCUGGAGGCGAUUGGUAAUAUUGACUCUGCCGUGGCAUAUAUUAUAUUGGCACUGCAUCGUGGGGGUGAGGUGGUAGAGUCACGCUGCCUAACGUUCCUGCGAGUUGCUCUUGCGGAUCGCGGUGUUGCACAGCAAGCAUUGGAUCGAGGACUUUAUGUCGUGCUGCUUCGUAUUUUGGGGACCAGCACUUCGCCAGAGUGCAGAGAGGACGUUUGUUCCUCUCUUGCAAAGGCCUGUUCAGACAAAUUGUGUGGCCCCAAGGUGUUUCUGCGUGCUUCCAAGCUUCUUCCUUCCGUGAUGCUUGAAACGAUGAAUGAAAACACCACAAAUGCCUGCCAGUUAUUUGACACAUGGCAAGAAACACCAGAGUUGAUGUGGACGAAGGAACGCCGGUCACGUUUUGUGGAAAUUUGUCUGGCGUGUCAAUCUGAUAUUGUGACCACACUGCAGCAGGAUCCAACAGCCUAUUGGAAGAUUCCAGAGAAUAUUCUUAUCGAAAGGAAUAAAGAAAUGCAAAUUGGUGGAGUUUACUUAGAACGUUAUAUGAAUCAGUCGGGGUGGAUAGUGCGAAAACCGAAAGAAUUUCUUACAGCACUCUUAGAACGCUUUGUGGAAGAAUCUGGGAAAGCGACAGAAGAAAAAAAUGCGGAGAUGAUCUCCCUCGUUGCAGAUGCGGGUGUUCGUUUGUUGCAGACGACACCUACAGUGGCAGACUAUGUUGUCUCACUUGGGUAUGCGCAGAAGCUAUUUAAGCUAUUGGAGUUGGGAGAUAAAGUAAUCGCGGAGAAUGCCCUAAAGUGGGUUCAUGAGAUCUGUGCAUCCCGUUUGUGUGUCGAAAGUCUUGGGAAUUUUGACCCUGUCUUUUUCCUCCUUGUCUGUCUGCGGGCGCAAUUUCAGCAGCUUCCACUGAUCAUGGAUACCAUGAACCGACUUAUGUCGCAUUCUUCAGAGCGGGCAAACAUGAUCCGACUUGCCCUUCGUAAUCAACUCCCGCAACGCCUAUUAGAACUACUUGAGGACGGCAUCACAUCAGAGAGUUGUGGCGAACAAUCACCUGCGGCGGUGCGAGCCUUAAUUAUUAAGGUUUUAAAGACGAUGGUGGCCGUCCAGGAUCCUUUGCAUGGUCCUCAACUGGAGGCCAUCCUUGCGGACAGCAAAGUGUGGGUAAAGUACAAAAACCAAAGCCACGACCUUUUUCUUUCGAAUACACGUUUUGGUGGAUAUUUGGAGGGUGCCUAUCAACAAAAUCAGAUGCUUCUCUCAUAUGCUGCCGCACCUUUAUCGGAUGACGGCAGUGGCCAAGAGCCUCCGCCGGUGUAA